AAAAGCCCGGACUUCGCUCCCUCAAGUGCUAUAGCAAUACUUGGAGCAGAACCAUCAUGACCGCGAAACUACCAGGUGAAGACGAGCGUAUAAAAGUCGUGGUGGGCAAUUUGAGGAAGAAGGAAAAGGAGAAUGGCGAUGUCAGUCAGAGAGAUGUUCCAUUUGAGAUCCAUGUUACCAGCAACUGUACGCUUCCAGAGCUUUGGCGUGUACUUGAAGAAGAACAUGGAUAUUCUCCACCAGAUGGUCUGAUACAAACCCGCGAUGAUCGAGUACGACGCAGAUCUGAUCUUAAGUCUGUUUUUCAUCCAUACACAGAGCUUGAGAUUGUCAGCGACAAGUCUGCGGCUGAUGAAACGCACAUAUACAUCAACGAAGCGCUCCAGGCCGCAUCUAAUCGCGAUCAGGAUGUUGUUUUCAAUAUUGAAUAUGAUGGUAAAGGCCAGACUUCUCUGAUAAUUGACGAUGCUCUUCAACUCGUGUUUCACCGAACUGUGCGCAUGCCGGACGAUGAUCGCCUCCAUUCUCUCCCCGCUUCCGUGGGAACCUUUCCUCUCUACAACACCGAGGAUUAUGCGGACAGACUCCCAGAGAAUAUUCUCGAGAAAGGAGGACUCUUUUUGCCCAUGUGGCAGCGAGAGGCUCUAUGGAUUGAGCUCAGCCGACCAAAAAGUUCUUACACAUCUAGGAGGUCCAAUCGAACCUAUGCUAUCCGAGUCUACGUCGGCCAGAUCAAUGCGGUUUCAGGAAAGAGCAUGAUGGAAGAGAGAGCCAAUCGGCAGGAACAAGAUUACCUUGUCUUCCCCGGGCAGCCGUGGAUCGACGGCAUCUGCGUAACAACGGGUGUUGUGAGACAGUUUGUCGCCAUGCCAUUGGGCUCUGGAUACACGGUUGAAGGCCAGAAGACUGGCGAGGAAAAGCACGGAGGACUCCAGAUCGAAAUUAUCCCAGCAUACCGCAAGAAGGCACAAAAGUGGCGCGCAGCAGCGGAAGAAGAAGAAGAAGCUCUUCAGGACCCUAGGCUGUACCUUGAUGAAUCAAAGACUCCAGCCGAGCUUGGACUAGAAGCUGGUUCCAAGGUCUGGGUAUAUCCUUCGCCCCCCACUUAUCGCAAACCAGUGGAGGUUGGUGAUUUAUACUGGGUCAGAGAGGAAUCUGGCCUUGGCGUUGCAAACCUCGAGGCGUUCUACGAUGACUAUAGACGUUCAGCUUCAAGGUUCAUGGGGUCUCGCUCGCAGGUAAUGGGCGACUCGCAUGAUUCAGCCCGGCCAACCUGGUUCAAUUGGACCUCCAGACAUUCUGGGGUCAAUCCUGGUGCUGCUCCAAGCCUUAAUCAACAAUGCACGGCUGCUACUACCGCGUCUCUGUCUCUGAGCGACGCUUACUUAGGUGAUCCCGACAGUCCAAGAAUGGCUCCUCCACCAAGCAAAGCGAGGAAGGGUCGUGCCCGGCCCAUGGGACUUCCUAGAAAUAGCUCUAAACCCGAAAGCAGCCCGCGCCAGGUUUUAAAUGUGAAGGCCAUGGGUUUGGCGGCUGGAGGAAAAUUGGUCCAGGAUAUUAUUGCUGAUCGUAAUCCCCCAAAUACUUGGAAUGUCGACGCCGCUCGUCAGAUCAAUGUCCACAUCCUGGAUCCAGUCAGCUGCGAGUCGGUCACGCACAUUGUGCCGCCGCCUAUUCCAAUGAGUGCCUAUGAGGCCGUUCUUUCCAAGUUGCCCUUCUUUGUUGUCGAAGAGCAAAUUGAUAACCGCCUCGAAGGCGGCGAUUUCGACAAUGUCAAGUCUGUCAGCAAGAUGGACGAGACAAAGGGCCUUGUAUCCGAGCCUUCACUAGAUCCCAACCAGCCAGCUAUAUGUAGUAGCUGUGAGAAGAGACUGUGUGAUUGCGUUGUUCGGCCUUGCAAUCAUCAAUUUUGCAACAUGUGCAUACGAGCAGCAGCACCAGCUAUGGAAGGCUCCUUUUCAAGUGUUGUGUGUUGCCCUCGUUGCAAUGCAGAGAUUUCUCGAGUGGCUGGGUUUGCUGCACCUAUGAAUUUACCAGGAGAGGAAUCGAUUCGUGCCAAGAUGCCGGUGCGGGUUCUCAAGGUAGAUGAUGGACGAGUUAAAUUUGAAUCUAUCAGACAGACCAGAAUUUGAACAGUAAUUUCUGCUGUUGAUUGUUCAUUGCUGUUUUGUGUUAUUGUUGUGGAUGUGCUUGUUCUUUACAAUGAGGGGCCGAUAUACUUCCGAUCUUUAUGAAGCCAACUAUCGCAGCUAUAGUAUCCCAUUGAACGGCAAAUUGAUUUCUCAUAUAAAACCUGAC